AUGCCUCGCAAGAAGUACUGGAGGAAAAGCACUGCCAUGAAAGAGUUACAGACUGACAGGACUGAGGAGACUGGCCUCAUGAAAAACAGUAAAACAAUGUCUGACCUGGACUUGACUGAGGAGACUGGCCUCAUGAAAAACAGUAAAACAAUGUAUGACAUUAGAAUGACUGAGGAGACUGGCCUCGUGAAAAACAGUAAAACCAAUGUAGACCCUGAGGAGCCUGCCCUCAGGUUACAAAAAAACAGGAAAACCAAAGAAAGUUGUGAAACAAAUUUGUGCGAUGAACUUUGUGAAAAAGAUUUGCUCAAUGAACUCUGGAAAAAAGAUCUGCUCAAUGAAUCUGCUGAAAUGAUUUUGCAAAAUAGUUUUGUUGAAAAAAGUUUAGCCAAAAAAAUUUCUACUACUGAAUCUUCACAGUAUAUGAGUGGCAAUGUUGGAGAUAAAACCUUACAGAAUUAUUACAAAGAAUUGAUAGACAGAAUUUUGAUAUCAGGAGACCAAAUUUAUGGAAAGACUGUUAGAAGUUUGCAACAAAGUGGAAAGUUUCACAACAAACUUUUAAACUUUGAUGAAUUGCCAAUGAAUAUAUCACUGGGAGAGAAUCAUCAUGUUAUUCAAAAAUUUGAAACUAUUUGGGGAUUGGUUGUCUCUGAGAAAGAAAAUGAAAGGGAAACAAUUGCAAGAAAGUUGAAAAGGCGAAAUGUAGAAGUGAGAGGAAAAGAAAAAGAACUGGAUAAAGCUGCAAGGAAAUUGAAAAGACAAGAUAAUGAAGUUAAUGAGAAAGAAAAUGAAAGGGAAACAACUGCUAGAAAGUUGAAAAGGCAAAAUGUUGAAGUGAGAGGAAAAGAAAAAGAAUUAGAUAAAGCUGCGAGGAAGUUGAAAAGGCAAAAUGUUGAAGUGAGAGGAAAAGAAAAAGAAUUUGAUAAAGCUGCAAGGAAGUUGAAAAGACAAAAGAAUGAAGUUAAAGAGAAAGAAAAUGAAAGGGAAACAACUGCAAGAAAGUUGAAAAGGCAAAGUGUUGAAGUGAGAGGAAAAGAAAAAGAAUUAGAUAAAGCUGCAAGGAAGUUGAAAAGACAGAAUAAAGAAGUUAAAGAGAAAGAAAAUGAAAGAGAAACAACUGCAAGAAAGUUGAAAAGACAAUAUGAAAGAUUGAAUAAUAGACAAAGGAAACAAGACAAAAGAAUAAAUGAAGAAAAUUGUAAUGAAGAAAAUGAAAGAAAUAGACAAAGGCAGUUUGGAAACUACUUACAGGAUUGCAUCCAAAAAUUUCAUGAAAAGAUUAAACAUGGUCCAGUUUUUGUAUGCUCAUGUUGUCAUCAAACAUGGUUCAAAGAAAGUGUUUUAAAGGUGGAAAACACACAUAUGGAUGACACAACUAAAACUAGAUAUCUUACUGGUAUUAUUUCUGUUGGAAAUGCAGAAUGGAUUUGCAAUACUUGUUAUUCAGCUGUAAGAGAAGGAAAAAUCCCCAAAUUGUCUGUUUUAAAUGGAAUGACAUGGCCACCUAAGCCAAAAGAAUUGGAUUUGUUUCCAUUGGAAGAAAGAUUAAUAUCACUUAGGAUACCCUUCAUGCAAAUUAGAGAGUUGCCAAGAGGUGGACAAUAUUCUGUGAAAGGAAAUAUUGUGAAUGUUCCUGUGGAUAUUCAACCUACUGUAAAUAGCUUGCCUAGAAAGAUGGAUGAAAAUAUCACAGUUCCUGUGAAGUUAAAGAAAAGGUUGUCUUACCAAAAGUGUGAUUAUCAUGAAAAUGUACGACCAUCAAAAGUAUUGAUGGCAUUACAUUGGCUUUUGAACAACAGUGACUUUUAUAAGAAUGCCAACAUCAAUGUUGAUGAUAGAUGGUUUCAAGAAAUUACAUCUUCAGCAAAUGAAAUCGUUGAAGAAUUCGUGCAAACACAGACGAGAAAAGAUCAAAAUAUUGAUAAUCUUGAUACAGAUGAUGAUGAUGAUGAAUUCUGUGAAGUAGAUGGAGUUGAUAGGGAUGGUAAUUGUGAUACUCUGUUAGAUGAUGCUUCUCGAGACAUGAAUCAGAUAUACACCUUUGCUCCAGGAGAAGGACAACGUCCGCUUAGUUUAUAUCAAGAUCAGUCUGCAGAAUAUUUAUCGUUUCCAACAAUAUUUUGUGGAAAGGGAAGAUUACAAGAUAAUGAAAGACAAGUUCGUGUCUCAUAUGCAGAUAUAGCUAAAUGGGAAUUGAGAAGUGUUGAUAGACGUGCUGCCCAAUCUGUUCCAAAUUUGUUUUUCAAGUUGAAAAAAAUACAAAUGAAGCAAGUUACAGACAAAUGCAACCUUGCACUUAGGAAAUGCAAAACCAAAGGAAAAUCCAUGACAGCAAAUGAAAUGAAAAAUCCUGAAAAUGUGAGUAAUCUUGUUAGACACAAUGAAGGUUUCUUUGUCUUCAGACAGUUACGAAAUUCACCUGCAUAUCUUGAAACUAGAAAAAAAGAUGUAUUUGCUAUGAUCAGACAAUUAGGUUUACCAACAUGGUUUAUGUCAUUAUCUGCAGCUGAUACAAGAUGGAAUGAUCUCAUCAGAGCACUUGGAGUGUUAAAUGAUGGAAAGGAAUACAGUGAUGAACAAAUUGACAGUAUGUCAUGGUUUGAAAAAUCACAAUUGGUACAAAAGGAUCCUAUUACAUGCACUAGGUACUUUGAUCACAGGUUCCGCAUGUUUAUGAAUUCAGUGUUGAGAAGUGACCACCAUCCAGUUGGCAUUGUAAAAGACUUCUUUUAUAGAAUUGAAUUUCAGCAGAGAGGGUCACCACAUGUUCAUAUGAUCGUUUGGAUAGAAAAUGCUCCAAAAUAUCAUGAAAAUAAUGAAAAUGAGAUACUAAAUUUUGUGGAUAAUUACCUUAAAUGUGAAAAGAAUGAAGAGGAGGAUUUGACAGGCUUACAAGUACACAAACAUUCACAAACAUGUAAAAAGAGAAGUAAAGCUGUAUGCAGAUUUGGCUUUCCCCUUCCUCCUCUUAAAGAGACUUUGAUUUUGGAGCCACUAGAGUCUGAUGUUGACAAAUUUAAGAAAAUGUAUGAUGAUAUUCAAAAACAGCUAAAUGAUAUGAAAAAUGGAUGUGAUUUGUCCUAUGAGGAGCUCCUGAACACAGUAUUAAAAAUAUCCGAGGAAGAUUACAUGAAAUGUAUAAGAAGUUCACUGAGAGGUCCAAAGGUUUUUCUAAAGAGAAAGCCAUGUGAUAUGAGGGUAAACUCAUACAACAGUGUUGUUCUUGAUGCUUGGAAAGCUAACAUUGAUAUUCAGUAUAUUUUGGACCCAUAUGCAUGUGCAAUGUAUAUUGUUUCUUAUAUAAGUAAAUCUCAAAGGGGGAUGAGUGAUUUACUUAACAGAGCUGCAAAGGAAGCUAGAGAAGGAAAUCUUGACAUUAAAAGACAGGUACGCCAUAUUGGAAACCAUUUUCUCAACAGUGUAGAAGUUGGAGCACAGGAAGCAGCAUAUUUAGUAUUACAAAUGCCAAUGACCAAGGCAUCAAGAGAUGUUGUUUUUAUCAACACAAGUCCAUCAGAUAAUCGAGUAAUUCUCAUCAAAACAGAUGCUGAAUUGGAAAAGUUAACUCCAAAUUCUACAGAUGUUGAAUGUAGCAAUGUAAUUAAGCGAUAUGCAAAACGCCCAAAACAGCUUGAAAACUGGUGUUUAGCUGAUUAUGUCUCACAACUAGAUGUUGUAUUCCCUAAAGAUAAUGAAAAAGAGUUCACUGCAAAUGAAGUGAAUGAUGAUGAUGAUGAUCAGGACAAAAUGUCAGAUGAUGAAGAUAAUUCAAGUCUUGAUUUUAGUGAAAGUGAUACACUUGUUACUCUGAGAAAUGGCAUAAAGAUCAGACGACGAAAAGUACCUAGGGUAAUUAGAUAUGUGCGGUUUAAUAUCAAAACUGAUCCAGAAAAUUACUAUAGGGAAAAACUAAUGUUGUUUUUGCCUUGGAGAGAUGAAUCUGUUGAUCUAAUAUCAGGAACUGACACAUUUGAGAAGUCAUUUCAUCUGAAGAAGUCUUUUCUUACACAUAAGGUCAAGGAAUAUGAAUUUAAUGCUGAACAGCUUGAUGCAGCUUUGCAAAUGGCAACUGAUGAUUUUUCAGAAGCUUUUGAUGAAUUGGCACCAAAUGCUCAACAGAAAGAAGCAGAAGAUGAAAGCGAGGGAAUUAUUGAAUCUGAAAACUUUGUUCAGUUUAAUCCUGAAAGACCUAUUGAACAGAGACAGUAUGAUAUAGGAUCAGAUAUUGGCAUUCCAUCUACAAGACAAAUAACUGAAGAAAGUUCUGUUAGAUUACCAGACAGUGAAUACUUGAAACUGCUAGGAAGUCUAAAUGUAAAGCAGCGAGAAUUUUUCAAUCAUGUCUUGCAAUGGGUCAAAACAAAGUCGGAACCUAUUUAUUCAUUUUUAUCUGGGGGUGCUGGUGUUGGCAAAUCUGUUUUGAUUAGAGCACUUUAUCAAACUCUGCACAGAUAUCUAUGUUCUAUAGAAGGUGAAAAUCCAGAUGAUAUAAGAAUACUUCUUUGUGCUUAUACUGGCAAGGCAGCAUAUAACAUUGGAGGGGCAACUAUAGCAUCUGCUUUCCAUCAAAAAAUUAAUCAAAGUCAACAAAGCUUGAACUGUGAUGAAUUGAAUACUUUUCGUACAAAGUACCAAAACCUAAAAUUGAUCAUAAUUGAUGAGAUAUCCAUGGUUGGCAAUAGGUCAUUAGCACUCAUUGAUAGUCGUCUACAACUUCUUACAGGCAUCAAAAAACCAUUUGGUGGCAUUAGCAUCAUAGCUGUUGGUGAUUUCUUUCAACUUAAACCUGUGAUGGACCGUUGGAUCUUUCAGGAUUUGAAUCAUGAUGCUCAAGCUCUUGCAAACAACCUUUGGAAGGAACAUUUUUGUAUUUUUGAGUUGGAUGAAAUAAUGCGCCAGAAAGAUGAUCUUGCAUUUGCUCAACUUCUCAAUCGUCUUCGCUACAAUGCAAUGACAGCGGAAGAUAUGAAUGUAAUACACAGAUGCAUGAUAACGGAAACAAGUGACAAUUAUCCACACCAUGCUCCUCAUCUCUUUACACAGAAUUCUAAAGUAGAUGCAUACAACAAUCAGUUGAUUGAAAAACUUGAAGGAGAAAAGGUGACAGUGAAUUCAGUGGAUACUGUCCUUAAGGAUUAUUCAAAGGAACUUAAGGAAAAGCUCCUCAGGUCACUAUUGAAAGCAGAUGAUGUCAGCAAAACUGCCAAUUUGAUGCAAAAUUUGAUCCUUGCUGUUGGGAUGAUAUAUGAUAUCUCAGUCAAUGUUGAUGUAUCUGAUGGUUUAACAAAUGGGUCAUCAUGUAAGAUAGAAUUAAUUGAAAGGAGAAUGGAAAGCAUAUCGAGACCAAGCAUCGUUUGGGUAAAUUUUUUUGACUCUGCUAUUGGGAAAACAACUCGCAAGAAAUACAAACAUUUGUUUCAUGAUGGAAUUACUGUGGACUGGACGCCAAUUUUUGAAGUUCAGCGUUCUUUUGUAUUGAAUUACAAUACUUUUCAGAGAAUUCAAUUUCCAUUACGACCAGCUGCAGGGAAAACAGUUCAUAAAGCCCAAGGCUGUACUGUUGAUGAAAUUGUUAUUGAUUUGUCUCAAACUAAAGUGAGGAAAACUCCCCAUAUUCACUAUGUAGCACUAAGCCGGGUACGUUCAGUAGAUCAUCUUCAUAUCCUAAACUUCAAUGAGCAGGCAUUGGCUAUGGAUGAACAAGUGGUAGAGGAAAUGGAAAGAAUGAAAAGAGAUGUACCACUACAACUUUGUUAUGUUCCAGUAUACCAUGUUGAUUUACACUCUUUCAAAAUUGCUUUCAACAAUUGUAGAUCACUUCAUAAACACUUCCCACAAAUUCAAAAUGAACCAAAUAUUGUUGCAUCAGAUGUAGUUGGAUUCUCAGAAACAAGAUUAACUAGUGCAGAUAUGGCAGAAAAUUAUCAACUACAGGGAUACACUGCAGUAUUUAACCAUGAGGUCACAGAUUGUCUGGAUAGACGUCCACAUCAUGGGACAGCAGUAUAUGUGAAAAAAGAUUACAAAACAACCUGCAUCUCAAAGCUGAACAGUGGUUCUAUGGAGUUCAUCAUGGUAAAUGUACAAUUAAACCAAAGCAGAGAUAUCCAAUUUGUAGUUAUUUACAAAUAUCCAUCCUGCUCUUUUGGGGAUUUUAAACGUCAUGUGGAAAUGCAUAUAAAGCCCUUGAUUGAUGACCAGAGAGACUUGGUAUUCUUAGGAGAUUUUAAUUUUGAUUUGUGUGCUGGGCAUACAGACUUUCUAACAUUUAUGGAAAAAGGCUUUAACUGUAAACAAAUUGUACGCAAGACUACUCAUGACUCUGGUUCUAAACUUGACUUGAUUUUUACAAACAAAUCCCCAUGUGGAACAGAUGUGAUUGAAGCAUACUGGUCAGAUCAUAAAAUGGUGUACUGUGCAUUUGAUAAGACUGAGCAUUAA